AUCAACAGUGGGCCUCUAGAGGAACAUCUCCCGGUUACUGUAGUCAGGAGUGAGUCUGCAAGGAAGCUCCUCAGUUAGCCACCUGCGUUUUAUAAGACUCAAACAAACAUGAAUGGCGAGGGCGGCCAAAAGCUUUAUGUGUCAACCUUCAAGAUGCACAUCAAGUCACCGAGUCGUCUUGGAACCAUCGAAUCCAGGAUCCCGCUCAAAUGCCCAGAAACAGAGUCUCGUUUAAAAAGCUCCGAGCCCCCGGUCUUCGUACGGCCCUUGGAGGACUGCUGUGUGGACGAAGGAAGUGACAUCGUGGUCAGAGGCGUCCUCAAAGGGAGUCAACCCGUCAAAGUGAUGUGGCUGCACAACGGUGAACCAGCCCAUUUUGGGAAAGCUUCCUUUGACGGCAAAGAGGUGAAAUUCAUUGUGAGAGAAUGUCUGCCUGAGGAUGCUGGAGCCUAUACGUGCCUGGUGGAAAACAGCGCGGGGAAAACGUCCUGCAGCGCUGCUGUAUGCAUCAGAGACUUUGAAACUAAAUAUGGUGGUUUGAAGUUCCCCGUUUCAUCUAAAAGCGUCGUGGAAAAUGGGAAGUCAUCACCGACUUGCAAAGAUGAGUUGCAGAAAUUCAAAGGAUCCUCUGUAAGCCCCGACAGCCAGAGCCCAGUGUCGUCACCGAGAGAAGUCAUCCCAAAGAAGAGAGCCAACUCUGCAACAGGCCCUGUAUUACAUUUCGAAAAUCCACCACAGCAACUGGAGGUGAAGGUGGGGCAAAGUGCCAAGCUGUCGUGUUGUUUCAGAGGAAGCGCUCCUGUCGCAUCCUGCUGGAUCAGAAACAAAGAAGAGGUUGUGGACGGUCCAGAUCUGUGGAUAGAAAACACAGAUCAGAGCACCACCUUAGUUAUAGCCAAAGCUGAGCCGCAGCACACGGGCCGCUACACUGUGGUUCUGAAGGACCGCAAAAGCUCAGCUCAACACACGCUUACCCUCGCUGUCAUUGAGAGACCUGAGCCCCCCGCUUCGUGCCCGGUGGUCUCCCUCGUCUCCGAGUCCAGUCUGGUGCUGUCCUGGUCGGGCCCUUGUUACGACGGCGGCAGUGCCAUCUUGGGUUAUGUGGUUGAGGUGAAGAACCAGGGAUGUGCUGAGGACUGGAUCGAGCUCACUGACCAGUGUAAGAGCACUUCGUACAGAGUGUGCUCCGGGCUUCAGCCGAAACACGAGUACUGCUUCCGAGUGAGGGCCUUAAACGCUGCGGGGGUGAGCGAACCCAGCCCGGUUUCACCAGCGGUUAGGAUGGAACAGAAAGAUCAUAAGAAGCCAGAAGAUGCUAUUCUGGAGUAUACAUGUGUCAAGAUAGACUCAACCCAUAAAGUCACCGAUCACUACAUUUUGCAAGAGAAGUUGGGAAUGGGCAAAUUUGGUCUGGUGUUCAAGCUAACCCACAAAGAGACGGGACACGUGUGCGCUGGAAAGUUCUACAAAGGACGCCGCGCUGCAGAAAGAGAGGCGGCACGCCGAGAGAUCGAGCUGAUGAACCACCUCCAUCAUCCCAAGCUUGUUCAGUGUUUGGCCGCUUAUGACCACAAGCCUGAGAUGGUCAUGGUUAUGGAAUUUAUCCCAGGCGGGGAAUUGUUUGAGCGUAUUGUCGAUGACAACUUUGAGCACACGGAGCUGGCCAGCGUGCGCUACAUGCAGCAGAUCCUGGAGGGGGUCGCCUACAUUCAUCAGCAGAAAAUUGUUCACCUGGACCUCAAGCCUGAAAACAUUGUGUGUGUCGACACCGAUGGCCACUCCAUAAAGAUCAUUGACUUUGGAUUAGCUAGCAAGAUCGAUGACAAGACUCCUCUGAAGGUGUUGCACGGGACUCCGGAGUUUGUAGCACCUGAAGUUAUCAACUACGAGCCCGUGUACUUGGCCACUGACAUGUGGAGUGUUGGGGUCAUCUGCUACAUCUUGCUGAGUGGAGAGUCUCCUUUUCAAGGAGACAGUGAUGCAGAGACUCUUGCUCUGGUCACGUCGGCUCAGUGGGAGUUCGAUGAAGAGAGCUUUAGCGAUAUAACCGAAGAGGCCAAAAGUUUCAUCAGCUCUCUGCUUGUCAAAGUCCCCAGGCGAAGGAUGUCCUGUGAGGAAGCCCUCGCUCAUCCCUGGAUCGCCGCCUUUGAUUCUGGAGACCUCACCUCUACCAAGAGUCUGUCCAAAGAGAAGAUGAAGAGGUUUCUAGCCAGGCAGAAGUGGAAGAAAGCGGGAAAGGCCAUGCUCGCCCUGAAGAGAAUGACUCUACUGUCUAAAAGUGACAGCUGUGCGUCUCCAACAUCCCCUGGAGAAGUGUCACUCAUGAGCCCCGAAGCACAGAACGCUCUACAGUCUUUGGAGCGUAAGAUGCAGGGUCCACCUGUGUUCACACAGAAGUUGGAGGAUCAGACUGUAACUGAGGGGUCUUCUGCUCAUCUGUCCUGUCACCUCACAGGAUAUCCCGACCCAGAGGUGGUGUGGC